AUGAUCGCGACGCCGAUGACAGCGACCGCACCCACGCGCGCGAUUGUCUCAUCCACGUCGAUUCGCCGCGCGAUACGCCCCGCGCGGGUUCUCGGCGCGCCCGCUCGGAGGUGUCGUCACACGACGCUUGCCACGUCGGACUCUUCCGAUCCCGCGGAGGGCAAGGGCAAGGAGGGCGCAGAGGAGGGUGACGGCAUCUCCCUCGACGACCUCCGCAUCCUUCAGCAGCGCGUCGAGUCCAUCCGCGAGAGGGAGGCGAAGAUGGACGUCCUGCAGCUGCUCGUGCUCGACGCCUCGGUCCCGGGCCAGGUGCUCCCCUUGCAGUUCGACGCCGGGGGCGAUCCGAGGCGGCCUCUCAACGGUGGCACGUACGUGGGCGAGGACGUCAACCUCGGCGAUCGCUUCGGGAUGCUCGGGCAGGCGCCUAGCAACGGACAGAUCCUCCCCAACGGCGUCGAGGUGACCGUCACGCGCGUCCUCCUCAAACCCGACGGCUCGUCCAUGGUGGAGCUGACGGCGGGACGGCGAUUUAAGGUGCACGGACAGCCCUUCGAGGACCCGGACAACGACGACGCCCCGAGCGGCAGGGUGGUGUGGAUCGACCCCGACCUGGGCGCGGGGGAGCAGACGGUGGAGGGCGCGGACCCGGCGUUGGUCCACCCGGAGGCGCCGGCGCCGAGAGACCCGGCGACGUACGACGAAGAAUCCGAGCGACUGUGCCGCGAGCUCCCUGCGUUGGUCUCCACGUGGCGCGCGCUGGUUCGCGACACCGGGCGCGAACGCCAGCCCAACCAGCUGGAGCUCAUCGAGAAACACCUGGGUCCACAGCCCGGGGUGUCGAAGCCCGCGAGGUUGGCGUGCUGGGUCGCGGGUUUGAUCAACCCGAUACCCGCGCUCGGCGUCGCGUACGAGAUUCGACCGGCGAUGUUGAUGGCCACCACCGUCGGGGACAUGAUCGGGGUGGCGCACAAGGGGAUCAGUCUGAGCAUCAAGGGCCUACGGAAGAGCGCUGGGGACGUGGACGCGGAGUAG